GGUGGACGGAUUGUUGGCUCGGCGAUGGUCGUCCAUUGUCGGUGGGUCGGUUGGAGGAGCCAACGACUUCCUCAACACACCACCUCCCAGGCACGUGCUCCACGCCCUCACCCAGAGCUGCCGUGGCAGCACAAAGCAAUCAUCUCGACGUGGCCUUCUGUCUGCUGUGGGAUACACCAAUCUGGUGGAUGUCUCGAAAUUGGUUAAAAGCCCACAAGUGCAGGAGGGAAUUGAAAAGGGAAAGAAAACUGUUAGUGAUGAGGUAAAAAAUCUAAAGAUUUCGUCGAAACUGCCAAGUGAGAGUGAAUUGGGUAAAGCACAAACUGAUCUCGAGAAGGCAAUUGACAUUCUUAAUCUAAAUGCACUCAUCAACUCGACGAAUUCUAGCCUACUGAAUCCUACAUCUAUUGAAAAUCUUAUUGCCCAACUGACGAAUUUUUCGAACAACCAAAGUUUAACGAAUAACUUUACAAAUGGGAUCAGCACCCUGAACGAAGUAGUCGAACAAAUGAAAAAUCUCCAACCGGAGAUGAAUAGCACGCGCGGUCAUCUUCAGAAAGUUGAAGAAGGGAAAAGUGAAAUUCUGCAACCUGUUAAAGGAUUAAUAGGGGCUUUCAAUGCGACCAUUAAAACUGCUAGCAAUGAAUCUAAAUUGACAGUUGAAGUUGAAAAUCAGUACGACAAGGUGAUCAAAGGACUACUUGAAUUCAUGGAGAAUGACGAUGGUGUGGCAUUCUCCAAGCUCACCCAGGAACUCUUCCCCUGUGAGGAGGCCUACCGAGCAGUCAAUGUGGCACUGGCUGUGUCCUGUGGUGACGAGGGCGCCCUCAAUCGAUUCGUCGGUGUGGUCUACGUC